AUGCUGGUUUUUUUUCCUACUCAUUUUCAAUCGGAAGGUUUUCAAAAUCGAUAUGGGUUUCAACUUGACGAUGGGGUCACGAUUCCGGUGGAAGGCUCUGUCAUUACCCGUCCCCGUCCAAGUAAAGUUGGGAUUUAUCUCAAACAUUUUGACAUUGGUUAUCGUUUGAUGUCAUCUGAUUUUCUUCUAGAACUGUUGGAUCAUCACAAGAUCCAUAUCAAUCAACUUGUUCUGAAUGGUGUGAACAAGAAUGUUGCUUUUGAGAUGCUAUGCCGAUGUAACAAUAUUGUGCCUGAUUUUUGGGUAUUUCGUCACUUUUUUUUCAUCUGUCGGCUUCGUCUUUUUAGAUGCUGUGCCAGAGUAUGUUCUGUCUGGGGAAGGUAUGAGCACUUCCUGGCGUUUGUGCUGAAAUAUGCAUGA